AUGGAUAACAGGUUGAACGUUACCCACAUUACUCUGAGUGGGUAUGUAGAAAUGAGCAAAUACAGAUAUCUUUAUUUUUUCAUAAUGUUUGCGGUAUAUAUUUUGAUAAUAUGUGGUAACUCUGCAAUUGUUUACAUAAUCUGCAGCCACAAAGACCUCCAUAAGCCCAUGUACGUUUUCAUUGCUGCUCUGUUACUGAACUGUUUAAUUUAUAGCACCACUGUUUAUCCAAAACUUUUGAUAGACUUCCUGUCUGAAGAGCAAAUCAUUUCCUAUUCUGCCUGCCUCCUUCAGUUUUUCAUGUUUUACUCUGUCAGUGGUUCAGAGUUUUUACUGCUUGCAGCCAUGGCCUAUGACAGAUAUGUGUCUAUAUGUAAACCUCUCAGAUAUGCGGCUAUCAUGACCAAAAGAAUUGUGACAGCUUUGCUGAUUUUAGCAUGGACUGUACCUCCUUUUCAUAUGUCAGUUUUGACUAUUCUAAACGCUGAAGCUAAAAUCUGCAAAUUUGAUCUAAAUGGAAUAUUCUGUAACAACACAAUGUACAAAAUUUACUGCUUGAGCUCAAGAUCAGUGACUGUGAUUGGCAUAGUGGCUUUAGUAGAUCUUGUAAUUCUUCCUAUGCUUUUCACAGUUUUUACAUAUGCAAAGAUAUUUAUAAUUUCCUAUCAAAGUUGUAAAGAGUUCAGGAGAAAGGCUGCUGAGACCUGUUUCCCUCACCUGCUGGUUUUAUUCAGUUUCUCCUGCUUGGUUUUGUAUGAUGUCAUUAUAGCUCGAGUGGAUUCAGAUAUUCCCAAAAUUGCACGAUUAAUUAUGACAUUGCAAAUAAUUCUUUAUCAUCCUUUAUUCAACCCAUUUAUUUACGGGCUCAAGAUGAAAGGAAUUUCUAAACACUUAAAAAGGUAUCUACGUUGA